GCAUUCAUCUCACUGCACAUUCUCCGCUGCACACACUUUGCAUCAUCAAAAAACAUCUUCUGAAAUCAAACGAUCACACACUUCAUUACCCGAAACAUUAUGGCGUUGAUUAUAGCUGCUGCACUCCUCUUUCUCCUGGCUGGCUUUGUUCAGCCCACCACCCCUGCGGCCACGCACUCCCUGACCCUCACCCCCCACGUGGUCAUCACCCACCACUACCCUCCAUUAUCCGACCCACUCUCCUCCACAGAAUUCUCCCCCCGCUCCGGCUCCAUCUCCCCUCCGUCCACAAAAUCCACGGGCUACACGCUCCCCCUCUUUAAAAUCCCCUCCACCCUCCUCCCCCCACGAAAGAAGAAGAACAACCGACCCCCGCACUACGUGAAAUACUGGGCCCAAAACAAGCACAACAAUCCCCACCACCAGAGGAAAAAUAAGAACAAAAAGAAUAAUAAAAACCAUGGCUGGAAAAUGGUCAGGAAAGAGUCCGUUUUCUCUCCAGGAUAUCUCGUCGAUUUGACGGAGAGGGUGUUGGACGGGAUCGGCUUCCUCCCCGAGUUCAGCCACGUAAAAAACAAGAACAAAGGAUGGGCCAAGCAUGGAAAGUACGUCUUCAAAGGAAUCACCAUGCAUCACGGGUUGUACACCAGCGUUUUGUGAUUUUAUUUAUUUAUUUAUUUACUAAACUAAUACGUUAAUUAAUUUUUUGUACGCUAAUUAAAUUAAAUAACUUAUUAAACUAAACCUCAAUAAUA